AUGCAGCUCUACUCUGCGGCUCCAGCCCCGCUGUUGUGCAUCCUCGCUGUGCUAUUCAAAAUAUCUCUGGCAGUGGACCAUGUACCGAUGCUGCUUUGGUCAACUCAGAGAUCACAGUGGAAUCCAGACACUGCUUUGCACGAAGGACAUGUUGUCUCAGCACAGGAGCUGACUGUACUCUUGCAACCUGUUUUUACCCAGAAUUCCAGAAACCUCAUCUUCUUCCUGCAAGAUACGCUUAGCAUAGAUGAUUUCACAUACCUCAGUGAAUCCUACGGUAACAAGAAUCCAUUUCAAAAUGUUCAGGAAAUUCUUCAGUCUUCUCCUUCAUCUUUAGUUUUGCCAGCUGUUGACUGCGAGGCUACCAGGUAUCUUCUGAGCUUUCUUCAGGAGUCAGGAGAUUGGAAGUUAACAAACAUAACUAAUCUCGAUGUCUCUCAUCUGGAAGUGAAUACAUCUAAAACAAACUUACUGAUGGUUCAACUACAACCACUUGUCAGUGGUUUAAAUGAGAUUUCCACCUUGGAAGCAAUUGCUGAAAAUGACAAAAUAAUUGGAAGACUGACCAUGGAUCUGCAGGAACGAGGGAUUCAUUUUUCAGUAAUUUAUACUGCAGUGAGACCUUCAAGGAUUUCUAGAAGAACUGAUGUGAUGGGGGAAUUAAGACGACAAUUAAUGGCCACUGAGGACGAAGACAGUUUAUCAUAUCCUCCUCUGAAUGUGACCACUGGAAAUGAUAUAUGCAUCCUUUUUUACGCUAGUAAUUUCAGCCUCAAAGCCAACAGUUCAGUUUUUAUAGAUUUGACAAAUGCAACAUUUGUAACACAGAAUGUGGAUAUUUCUUCCUCUGAGUGCUCAGACAUCAACACAACACUGUCAUUAAAAUACACAAAGCCAGUGAACGGAAUCAGCAGCCUAGAGAUAAGGUUUUUAAUGACCAACAAGUUUUGUGGAGGCUCGGCUAGAAAUUGGUCCACUUUAGAUUCAGUUGAGAUUGUACAAGAUAGAGAAAAGUUUGCUAAAUUUAAUGUUUCUGUCAUCUCUGCUCCUGUGGAGUAUUCAUUUCAUUGUCAGCUGGUGGGAACAAGCAAUCUCUAUCCUGCAAGACUGAUUCCAUCCAACAAUGAGGCAAAAAACUGGGAUGUUUUCAUUUCCAGGUUGCAAAUUCAAGGCUUCAACAUUGAAAACAACCAGUUUUCCUAUGCAAGUGACUGUACAGGUUUCUUUACUCCUGGAAUCUGGAUGGGCUUGGUGACGUCUAUAGUUUUACUGUGGAUUCUGGCCUAUGGAAUCCAUAUGAUCAUGCAGCUCACAACAAACAGUAGAUUUGAUGAUCCCAAAGGUCCAGCUCUCUCAGUUCCUCAGACAGAAUAG